GCCGUGCGAGCGAGACUGUCGGGAGAGAGAGAGAGCGCUAGCGCGCGUGGCGUGCGUCUGCACACACAGACAGACAAAGACGGCGGACCGGAGGAACGGGAGAAAGCGCUCUAUUCCUCUCAAGCGUUCCACGCGUGAAAACGGCCAGGACAAACAAUGAGCAGACCGCGCGAGUGAGCGGUGCCGAGGCGGGACGCGCGAUUCGAACGCGCGCAGGGGUUUGAUUUUGACCGCGAAUGCUUUUAAAACGAGCCUUUUUCUCCAACGCCCCCCAACAAUUAGCAGCUCCGCUAGCGGUUAGCCAUCAUCACCAUCUCCCUCAUCCUCCACAAAACACCAGAUACGAGCAGCGAGCGGCACGGGAGCACAUAAGAAAGCGCGCCUGGUUCGUUGUCUGAUGCACACGCGGAGACUACUAUGCCUAGCCCGUUGUUUCACCCUGACAUCAUGGAUCACGAGAUGGUAGUGAGCAGCACCGGACAGUCCGGCGGGGUCGCCCGGGAGACCGAGCAGGAGUCCCGGGACGAGGACCAUCAGGAGGCGCUGCGCUUCGCCCUGGAUCAGCUGUCACUCAUUACGAUGGAGAAGGUCGACUGUCUGGACGGGACCUCGGCCGGUGAGAACUGUAACGGGGGAGGCGGUUACGUCGACCUGCAGAUGCUCGAGCACACGAACGGCUCCCGGGAAUCGCCCAGCUCCUGCUCGCCCUCUCCGGAGUACUACGGCUCGGGAGGCGGCGGCGGAUACCACAUGGCCGGCCCGCACUCCUCCAUCCUCGGGGAACAAAGCUCGGUGCUCCGCAAGAGGAGCGUCAACAUGACCGAGUGCGUACCGGUGCCCACGUCAGAGCAUGUGGCCGAGAUCGUCGGUAGACAAGGUUGCAAGAUCAAAGCUUUGCGUGCAAAAACCAACACCUACAUCAAAACCCCCGUGAGAGGAGAAGAUCCCGUCUUCAUCGUGACGGGCCGGCGCGAGGACGUGGAAAUGGCCAAACGCGAGAUCAUCUCGGCGGCCGAGCACUUCUCCAUGAUCCGCGCCUCGCGCUGCAAAGCCGGCGCCAACGGCCCCGGCUCGGGCGGCUCGCUUCCCGGCCCUCCCAACCUCCCUGGACAAACCACCAUCCAGGUGCGCGUUCCCUACCGCGUGGUGGGGCUAGUGGUGGGACCCAAAGGAGCCACGAUCAAACGCAUCCAGCAGCAGACGCACACCUACAUCGUAACGCCGAGCCGCGAAAAAGACCCCGUGUUUGAAGUCACCGGCAUGCCGGAAAACGUCGACCGGGCGCGCGAGGAGAUCGAAACUCACAUCACGUUGCGCACCGGCGCCUUCGUCGACCUCCAAGGCGAUAAUGACUUCCACAGCAACGGGACCGAUGUGAGUUUAGAAGGUCUCGGGUCGCUCGGUUUGGGCGGUGCGCUUUGGUCGCGCGCGACUCACUCGGCGCCUCCGCCCCCGGCUCAAAUGCACCACGCGACACGAAAGAUGUCGUCCGAGUCGUUCUCAGCGACUCGACGGGCGGGAGACGGCGGCGGGAGCCCGACGAGCCCGUUCAGCACUAGCAGCGCCGGCGGAAGCUUUUCCUUCGCAGGUGAUUCGACUUCGAACUUGCCUGCGACGACGGAAGAUUUAGGUUUCGAAGUCGGUGCUGCGAAUAUCUGGGCGCCGUUUGUGAACGGCGCAAAGCAACAGCAGCCGCCUCAGGCGGUCCGUCGCAACAGCAGCGGCCUCAGCGGCGGAGCCGUAACCCCUCGCCUCUCGCCCGACCCGGAUCACCCGCUCGCCCGCCGGGCCCAAAGCGACCCGCUAAGCACGCUCUCCUGGCUCCAAACCGGAGCCGGCGGCUCGUUCUCCGGCGGCAGUAGCAGCAGCGGAGGAAGCAGCACCGGAUACUCGUCCUGCUCGGCGUCGUCGCUCCCGGGUGGCUCGCCAACCGAUUCCGAAGGCGGCGGAAGCGGCGUAGGAAUGGCGUCAACUAUGUUGGGACGCCUCAAAGCGGGCGCCCUAGCCGGGAUGGUGUCACGGGACUGUUUCGUGUGCUGCGAGAGCGAGGUGACGGCGGCGCUCGUCCCGUGCGGGCACAACCUCUUCUGCAUGGAUUGCGCCGGGCAGAUUUGCCAGUCGCAGGAUGCCGAGUGCCCCGUCUGCCACACUCCUGCCACGCAGUGCAUCCGGAUCUUCUCUUAAACGAAGACUGCCUUGAGUAAUUAUUAGAUAUGACACUAUUCUGGUUUAUUGACAGUAAUAAUAACAACACGGUGACUUUAUUACCCACUCAAGUACUGCGUCUUAUCUUUAGCCGUUCAUAUUCAGUGGGUUGGUUUUUGUUUUUUUUCCAUUCAUGCUUCCGACUUUUUCUACUCGCAGAUUUUUCGACUUCUACGCUGCACUUUUUACUAUUAAACGCAUUUUUUCGUGUUGCAGUCCCGAUGCAGUCGUUUUUUAAAUUAUUUUAAAUGCUGCGCUCGUUUAGACCAAAACGUGAGAGAUAUUCCUGUUUUAUUCUCGAACACUUAAUAUUUAUACGCGUUACAAGUCGCGACGUGCUAGUGGAUCUGAAAUAGCUAGAAUAGUACAUGUUAUGAAUAUCAUUACCGUGCAUUUUUCUCGUUCGCCACACUACCUUAAAACAUUCACGUGUCGGUUCAUUCCUGCACUCCAGAAACAGGGUUGCUAGUAUUUACCGAGGAGUUUUUAUUAUCUGUUACGACGUAUCUGAAUUGUUUCGAAUGUUUAGUCGUGAAUGUGCUGGAGUUUGAGUCUGUCUUCCGGCCCUCGCGUUUCGUUUACGAUCGCACUUAGCUCCCCCGUAGGAAUCGGUAGCCCCGCCGAACGGUUUUUACGCGACAAGCCAUGCUCUCACACUCUUAAGGGCUUCCGGUUACACACUACACUUCAGGUCGUCCUAAUAAACGGGAUGCUAGUCCGCGUGGCAGCUAAAUCACCAGGGCUUCCGUACGUUUUAGCGAUGCACGAGGCGUUUUCUUUCUCUAGACUUUUCUUAAAAAAACGUGCCAGGAUUGGAGAGCUGACGGUGCCUUGGUGGUGAGACUCGCUGCCGGGAAUGAAGAUUGUGACGUAAUUUCUCUCCGCUCUUCCAGUUUGUACAGAGAGCUGUCGAAUCUGAGCCGCUCGUUUUCUUGUUUUCGUCGCCAGGCGUCGUUCAAAGUAGUGGUUGAAAGGUACAAGAAGCUAGUAGUUUUUUUUCGUGCGUGCGUGUACGUGACGUGUUUUGGCGUCGGCGAUGAAGGUCAUGUGACUAGUGAAGAAUCGGCCUGAAGUCGAACGGUUUAGUUUCUCUCUCUUGUUAUUUUUUUUUCUCGAACAGGGUUCGCCGAGGACGAUCUCAGGCGGUUUUUGCAUCGGAAACGACGUCGGACGCUGUUUUCCCACGAUUCAUUUGUGCCCUAAACUCGCUCGGCUUUUACUUUCGCUUUAAUUCCUUUUGUACGCAGAACCAAAAGCGAUUUCAAUAACCGAAUUUCAGGCCUAAUUGUAAAUAUCCUGAAUACAAUCAUUGGGAUUCGUUUUCAAACGUACGAAAAAAAGGUUAAUGUAGUUUUUAAAACGCGUAUCAUUAUUUGUAAGUUAAACUCUCUGCAUGUCUUGAAGCCGUGAGGCAUUAGCUAAUAAUUUUUCUAAAAAGGAAAAGGCAAAAAAAAAAGAACUUUUUUACACAUUUUAUUUUUACAAUUUAUUUGCUUACCUUGACAUAAAUAUCCCAGAUUAUAAUGUGACCCUUUUAUUACAGCAAAUUUAUCUUUAUUUUCCAUAUUUCUGUUUCCUGUGUACAACAUAUAGGCAAUUUAUAACAAAAUGAGAAAAAAUUAUUGAAGAAAUUUAAAAUUGAAAUAUAUUUUAUUUGAAAGUUUAUGGACCUUUUAACCGUGAGCUGGAACAAUUGUAUACACGUAUAAUUUGAGCUGACUUGACGGUUAUAAGAAAUGUAUCAAGAGUUUUAUUUUUUAUGCUUCUUUAAUAAAAUCUUGUUUUUGUUUUCGUUUUUGUACUGUAAAACAAUAA